AUGAGUGUCUCUGCUCUGAGCCCCACCAGACUCCCAGGAAGCAUCUCUGGCUUCCUCCAAGUAGCCUCUGUGCUCAGCCUACUCCUGCUGCUCUUCAAGGCAGUCCAGUUCUACCUGCACAGGCAAUGGCUACUCAGAGCCACCCAGCAGUUCCCAUCCCCACCCUUUCACUGGCUCUUUGGGCACAAGCUGGACUUCUUGGUGGACCAGGAGCUUCAAGAUAUUGUAACACGGACAAAGAAUUUCCCAAGUGCCUGCCCACAGUGGCUCUGGGGGACCAAGAUGCGCUUCCAAGUGUAUGACCCUGACUACAUGAAGGUGAUUCUGGGAAGAUCAGACCCUAAAGGUUCCUACAGAUUUUUAGCUCCUUGGAUUGGGUAUGGUUUGCUUCUGUUGAAUGGAGAGAGAUGGUUCCAGCACCGACGAAUGUUGACCCCAGCUUUCCACUAUGAUAUCCUGAAGCCUUAUGUGAGAAUCAUGGCAGAUUCUGUUCACAUAAUGCUGGAUAAAUGGGAACAGAUGGUUGGCCAGGAUUCCACCCUGGAGAUCUUUCGACACAUCUCCUUGAUGACCUUGGACACCAUCAUGAAGUGUGCCUUCAGCCAUGAGGGCAGUGUCCAGCUGGAUAAAAAAUACCAGUCCUACAUCCAAGCAGUUGAGGAUCUGAACUCUCUCAUUUUUUACCGUGUGAGGAACAUGUUUCACCAGAAUGACACCAUCUACAGUGUGUCCUCUAAUGGCUGCCAGGCCAAAAAUGCCUGCCGACUUGCCCAUGAUCACACAGACCAAGUGAUCAAAUCGAGGAAGGCUCAGCUUCAGGAUGAGGGAGAGCUAGAGAAGAUUAAGAAGAAAAGGCGAUUGGAUUUCCUGGACAUCCUCCUGUUUGCCAGAAUGGAAAAUGGAAGCAGCUUAUCUGAUAAGGACCUUCGUGCUGAGGUAGAUACGUUCAUGUUUGAAGGCCAUGACACCACAGCCAGUGCCAUCUCCUGGAUCUUCUAUGCUUUGGCUACACAACCUGAACACCAGAAGAGAUGCAGGGAGGAGGUACAGAGUCUUCUAGGAGAUGGAUCUCCCAUCACCUGGGACUACCUGGACCAGAUGCCCUACACUACCAUGUGCAUCAAGGAGGCCUUGAGGCUCUACCCACCUGUACCAACUGUGAGCAGAGAUCUCAGCACACCUAUCACCUUCCCAGAUGGACGCUCUUUGCCCAAAGGUAUCCCAGUCCUGCUCUCCUUUUACGGCCUUCAUCACAACCCAACUGUGUGGCCAAACCCAGAGGUGUUUGACCCUUCUCGAUUUGCACCUGAGUCUCCCCGACACAGUCACUCAUUCUUGCCCUUCUCAGGAGGACCAAGGAACUGCAUUGGGAAACAGUUUGCCAUGAAUGAGCUGAAGGUGGCUGUGGCCCUGACUCUGCUCCGCUUUGAGCUGCUGCCAGAUCCCAACAGGAUCCCGGUCCCCGUACCAAGACUGGUGUUAAAGUCUAAAAAUGGGAUUCAUCUAUGUCUCAAAAAGCUCCAAUAA